UAAUUCCAAAGUAAAACCUGAUCAAUACAGUCCACACACUUCCAAAGUCCACAUCCAAUCCAUAGGGAAUGCAGAAAUCAGAUCGACCUCUUCAUCCCAGCAGCAGUCCUUAUUCCUUAGGAAGAAGUAAACAAUAAACGGCCAGAGAUGAAAACCCAACAACCGAGCUGGAUCAACUUGGAAACUGCCGCGGCGAUUGCGCUGACCAUGUCACUGCUGCUACAACCAGUCUCAUUCGCCUCAGCCAAAGCAACUGCCCUCCACCCGGUAAUCCUCAUCCCAGGAGCCGGCGGCAAUCAGCUCGAGGCGCGGCUGACCACUAAAUAUCGUUCCGGAAACAUCAUCUGCCAACUCUCCGCACUGAGCAAGCGCGGUUCUUGGUUCCGCCUUUGGUUCGACCCCACCGUCCUCUUGGCGCCGCUCACCCGCUGCUUCGCCGAGCGAAUGAAGCUCACUUAUCUCGCCGCUGUCGACGACUUCCGCAACGCCCCCGGCGUCGACACCCGCGUCCCCAACUUUGGCUCUACUCAAAGCCUCCUCUAUCUCGAUCCCCAUCUCAAGCAUAUCACCGAAUACAUGGCGUCACUCGUAUCGGCCUUAGAAGCGGUAGGCUACAUCGAUGGCCUCAACCUUUUCGGUGCGCCAUACGACUUCCGCUACGGCCUGGCACCCUCCGGCCACCCAUCGAUGGUCGGUAACCAGUACCUCAGUGAACUUCGCGCACUGAUCGAGUCCUCUGCCGCUGCCAACGAUGGCCGGCCUGUCAUCCUCGUCGCCCAUAGCCUCGGAGGGCUUUUCGCCCUUCACCUUCUCGAUCGCUCCCCGCUUUCCUGGCGUCGGCAGUUCGUCAAACAUCUUGUGACCCUCUCCACCCCAUGGGCCGGAACAGUCCAGGAAAUGCUCACCUUCGCCUCCGGCUAUACGCUAGGCGUUCCCUUCGUCGACCCGCUAAUAGUUCGCUUAGAGCAGCGCAGCGCCGAGAGCAACCUCUGGCUUCUUCCCGCUCGCCGGUUGUUCGGCGAAAUGCCUCUAGUGUUUGCAAACAACAAGAGCUACUCGGCUAAAGACAUGGCGGAGUUUUUGAAGGAUAUUGGAUUCGAAGAAGGGAUUUACCCAUACGAGACAAGAAUACGGCCGAUGGUGGACAGAACGGUGGAGCCUGAAGGGGUUCCGGUGACUUGCAUCGUUGGGUUGGGCGUUGAUACGCCGGAAGCCUUGUUUUAUGGGAGCAAAGGGUUCGAUGAAAAGCCGGAGAUGAUGUACGGUGAUGGUGAUGGGACGGUUAAUAUAGAAAGCUUGCUGGCGCUAGAGAAGGAGUGGUCUGAAGCUGGAAGAAAGCAUCUUAAGAUCAUAAAGCUUCGAGGGAUCUCUCACAGCGCCAUACUUAAGAUUACGGCUGCAGUUAACAAGAUUAUUGAGGAGCUUGGGUUAAUCAAUUCAAGCUAAAUUUUUUCGGUAUCUUUGUUUUGAUUUCUGAUUUCCAAACCUUUGGGAGGGGAGGAAACUGUGACACAUUAUAUAUAUGCUUUAUUAUAAAUAUUUAUGCCAUUGCACAUAAGCUGAAUAAAUUAAGUCUAUUAUAAAUAA